GUUUCUUUUCUGUCUUCUCCCAUUUCUUACCAGUUACGUUCCCGACCUGUACUCACGGCGUUCCUAACGUGUGCUAAUCGGACGGCCACUGUUUUCCCGGCGUGCACUGUGGCAAUCUCUCUUCAUUCCUGGACAUUAUCACCUCUUCCUUGUUCUACUGUCCUCUCCGCUUCCGUUCAAAGCUGACUACAGCGCGACAACCCUUUCUCCUCUCCGGCCGCAAACCCUCUAUUUGAGCCUCCCUAGUCCUGGCAUAAUUAUAUUUUGGAAAAGGCUCUUUCUUUCUUCGAGCUACUUUCGCUCUUUGAGCUUCCAGUUUCAGCAUGGGAUUAGGGCAUCCCUCUUUGCUUCUCGAUCCAUUGUAUUGAUGCAUCUCGCCCGAGUUGGUACAUUUGUCUUUGGAGAUUUCUUUUCAAAGUUCAUUAUUUAGGGUGUUGUUCAUCGAUAUGGCUGAUAGUUCGAGGGGUCGAGUUACCAUUACUCUUGGGCACAGUGGUCAGGUUGUCAAGAGGGACCAAUCUACGGCGGAUGUUCCCUUCCCUUCCUAUGCUGCAGUUGGCACUAAGCGGUCUGUGAGAGAUAGACUUGGAAAUGAUACCGAGAGUUCAUUGUGGAAUGGGAAUGAUCUCAGCAACUAUAAAAGACAGCGAGGAGAUAUAAGCUCGCAAAAUGGGUUCAAUGGUAAUGGGCGGAUUGGCAAAGAUGACCUUCGAUUGAAGCUUAUGCGAAAAAGUGCAUCUAGAUUGGCUGAGAGUAAUGGUGGCAAGAGGCACAUGGACCUUCGUGAAAAAUUGUCAAGGGUAGCUCCAUCUGCAGCAGCCAAUAGUAGUUCAAAGCAGAACUUGUCUGAACCAAGGGAAACAAGUAUGUUGGGACGAAUCCCUUCUGCUAGAAGUUCUGGUGAUUUAGCACGUAUGGAAUCAGUGCGAAGUUCAUAUUCACCGUGGACAUUGGAUCAUAUCAGAAGAAGAUCACCCGAAGGGCUUCCAAGCACUUCCAGGGGAAUUUCCCCUCAAAGAAAAAUGGAAGACCUGCAGAGAAGGCCUUCGAACAGGACUUAUGAUAGUAUCAGGUCAGCUCCAUGUAGGGAUGUUGAGGCUUCAAGACCUCCUAGCACUGCACCUUCAUCUUUUGUGGCCCACUCCACAGCAUCCACUUUACCUCUAGUAACUGCUAAGCCUGUAGCACCUCAUCAAGGGCAACUGCCCCCACCACGGACCCCAUUUGUGGGCAAUGAACAGCAGACGCCCCAAACUGUUGAUGGUCUGUUGCAUGCAUUGGGACUGGGAAAAUAUGCCAUUCUUUUCAAAGCUGAGGAAGUGGAUAUGACUGCGUUAAAGCAGAUGGGAGAAAAUGACCUUAAAGAGCUUGGGAUUCCCAUGGGUCCGAGGAAAAAAAUUCUGCUCGCUCUCUUGCCACGUGCCAAGCGCCAACCGUGACAUCUAUCCUGCAUGAUGUUUGAUGUGGAGGCUGAUGCAUGUCAGGAUCACCAGGUUUUUUCGGGUGACGAACCCACAUUUCCGAGAAUCUCCACUUGAGAAUUGCAGCCUUAACCUCUUACGGGGUUGAGUUCCAGUGGAUCCACUUCCUCAUUUUUUUGCAUUCAAGAACGCUAUCAUUUAGGUUUCAAUUAGCAAUAUUUGUGUGUAAAGUAUUCCCUUGUUUUUCUCUGAGAAGAAUAGGAAAUGGAUUUGUCUAAAAUGUCCUGAACAGAAGUUGACAAUUCUGUAACUCUGAAGAUAGUGCUUUGCAUUCAGCAAAAUUUUGUUAUGUCAGCAAAAUACGUUGGAUAUUUUCA